GGCUUCUUGUCGGUCAAAUUACAACCUUUCGCGGAUGAUGCCGGAGAGAAGCAGGCGGACGCUUUGUGAUAGCAAGUCUCCUCACACUCCGUGGCUCAGUAGGAUUUGAUGAGGACGCAUGAAUUCCGUGCUAUUUGCUGGUCUCUUUGUAUUUGCCAGUGCUGUCUUUGGCGACAACAAAGGAAGGAUAGCUAGUGAAAUAACUGCUGCACUGGACAUACAAGAGGCUACUUUUGACACGGCGGUGCUCCUGAAGUUAUUUUUUGUGUAGCAUUAGCAGUGCUUGGUUGAAUGCAGCCAACGUUCGUUUAAUUCAUGAAGGUUUUCGAUGGUAAUCUGGCUGCGUUGUGGUCUUUAUAGUAAUCGUUACUGAGGAUGCUACAUGCGUUUCUGCUCAAACUUGGCAUCAACGUAACGCUUUUGUAAAUCGGUCAAUUUUCUGGUCAACUGCGGACUAUUACAGAGAAUGAAAAUUGUGACGCAGUUUGUGUAAAACAUCUUUCUUUGGCUACUGCAGCAGUGCCGUCGGACUCUGCGACACCUAAACCCGCUGCUGCAAAACGUCUGCGCAGUGCUUGUGUGCAAGUAGGCAUAUAAUGUUAGAUAUUUUUUUAAUAUAAGGCAAUGUUAAAUGCAUUCAGUCAGUUGGGGUUAUGUUGGGGGGUAGAGGGGUCUAGGAGAAAUAGUUGUUUUGUCGAGGCAUGGGAAUUGUAGUUCAGUAUCCUAACCACAGCUGACGUUUCCAUGGCCUCCGUGAAGGAAAUGGACUACAACGCCCAUACACCCAACUCUCUAGAUACUUUGUAAACUCUGUGCAAGUUGCGCGUCUGCACUGCUAUUUUAGGUAUGCAGCUAGUGCUAUCUGCUCGGCUGUGUGUUGGUUUGUCCGGGUUUUGGCCUCUGAAAAAUAAAUUGAUAGCAGCGACAUUUGAUGACAGCUUUUCAACGCAAGUGUAUAGAUGACAUCUGGCGAAAAGAUUUUCAGCUGAAUUCCCACUUGACUACACUGGCCAGCAUCCAUAAGAUCCACCACACCUUGCACAGGCUGAACCUGACAGAAGACGUUGGACAGGAUAGCCACCCCUCAGCUUGUUGCUCGAGAGCCAUGCCUCCUAGGAAAAAGAGGAGACCCUCUGCUGGAGAUGACAUGUCAGCCAAAAAAAGUCGCCAGGACAGUGUCUUCAGGAAACAUGAAACACCACAAAUCCGCGAGGAGGAGACGUUUUCCAGCAAACGAUGCUUGGAGUGGUUCUAUGAAUAUGCAGCAGGCUGUGAUGAUGUGGUGGGUCCAGAGGGCAUGGAGAAGUUCUGUGAGGACAUCGGAGUGGAACCAGAGAACGUGGUGAUGCUGGUGCUUGCUUGGAAGCUGGACGCCCAGAGUAUGGGAUAUUUCACUCUCCAGGAGUGGCUGAGAGGCAUGGGCUCACUGCAGUGCGACUCCACAGAGAGGCUGAGGAACUCGCUCGACUACCUGAGAUCUGUCCUAAACGACAGCACCAGUUUUAAGCUUAUUUAUAGAUAUGCCUUUGAUUUUGCUCGGGAAAAGGAUCAGAGGAGUUUGGACUUGAACACAGCCAAGUGCAUGCUGGGACUUCUUUUGGGAAAGACGUGGCCUCUGUUUCCCGUGUUCAAUCAGUUUCUAGAGCAAUCCAAGUACAAAGUCAUCAACAAAGACCAGUGGUGCAAUGUUUUAGAGUUCAGCAGGACAAUCAACCUGGACCUCAGUAACUAUGAUGAGGAUGGUGCCUGGCCAGUUUUGUUGGACGAGUUUGUGGAAUGGUACAAGGAAAGACAGAUGUCAUAGCUGCAGAAGCAAAAUGGAAAAUGGCAAAAAAUACAACUGUGACAACAACGGCUAUGAGAAUCAACAACCAAUAAGUAAACAAUACAAAAAUGGUGAGGCAGUGACAGGGGGUGCUUCCCGGUAAAGGAGGGGUUCGGGCUGUGGGUGGGCUAGGGUGGGGGCGCUGGGUUUGCUGCCUGGGUGCACGCUGCCCAGAUCGCAGAGGCGGAGGGCUGUCAUUGUGGAGUUAUGUUCCCUACCGAAGUUGCAUAGUGGGCUAGCUUGCAGCAAUCCCCAGUGGCAUUGCUCUCUCUCACUGUGACAUGUCAUAUUGCUGUCUGUGUUAGGAUAACAUGGUAUCAUACAGGGAUGAUGAAAGCAAAAUGGUGUAAUGUGGGAGAACCACUCCUCACCCCUUGUCUUCAGCACAGAGAAACCAACGGAAGUGACCAUUCAUGCGUUGUGUCUGAGUCUUAAACAGGGUCACUUUGACCUGGGCACAUUUAAAUACUAUAUAUCUGUGCAAUGAACUUGAACUUGAACAGAUGGCACUAACUAUAGUUUGUCAUAUUUUGAGUUAAAUAGGAGUUCUUCAAGAAGCACACUGUGUCAAAUGGUUGAUUGCAGGUUUCCGGUGCCUGUGCUGUUUGUUUUUUUGUUUGUUGAUUUGUGCCAGUGAUUUUUUUUUCCUUUUUUUCCCUCCAGUUUUUGUUCCCUCCUGCUGUUUUGCUCCAGCUAAUGCUAACAGUUUGCUAAACCCCGGCAAAGGCUUUAGACCUCAUAACACCAAACAAAUCAGCAUUGCUGCUUACUAACUCUUAUUACAGUACAGCGGUGAGCCACUAGUGCUCUGAUCAGCAUUUAUUGGUCUGAUGACCAAUUUAUGUAUCUACGUUGUGUAGGUAAGAGUAUUACUGUGCCUCAAAACAUGGAAGUCACUUUGUGUGUGCCACACACAUACCAACAAACCCAAAUGUAUAUACACGUGUAUGUGUGUGUGUGUGUAUGUGUGUGAACACGCGCACACAUACAUACAUUCAUACAUGCUCAUGCACACACAAACACUGAGUGGUCAGGGAAUAUUUCAGGAUGAAUUCAGACUGUUUGGGCUGUGUUAGAAGAUGACAUAGAGCUAGUUGGUGUCCAUUUUGUAUUGAUAUGUGGCAUCUGUUUUGUCUUCCUUAGUCCACUGAUAGUUUCAGGUCUCCUCUUACUAGUAGCAUCUCUCCCAACAUUGACAGUGUUAAAAUAACUACAGUGGAAGAUGAGUGACCCUCUCAGGACGAGGUCCUUUAGGCUUGAGUAGAAAGCUAGGUAAGCAUUGCUUUGCACCACCCAUAGGAUCUAAUCAAAACAAUGGACACUGACAGUUUGGAACUGUGUACUGAUGCUAUGCUGUUCUUUUCGCCUAGUAUAAUGUUCUUGUAACACAUGUAUAAAUUUGUCUUUGGCUGUGGUGUGAUGCUGAAUUGUCAGAAGAUUUAAUAUUUGCAUGCAUGCUCCAACAGAGCCUUUUGUGAAUGGAUGAGAUUUUUUGAAAACAUUUUUCAAACACAUUUUUGUUUUGUACAGGAAUUUGUGCAAGUGUUUUGUGCUUAAUUUGAUAUUCACGAUCAUGUUAUCUUAAUUCUGAUGAAAGUCAUGAUUGUGUCUAUUAAGACCUGGAACACACCUGUAACCUCACGGUGGAACGAGAGUUCCCUCCUGCAUUUACCCAAUCUUAAACAUCCUCACACAUUCUGUAAAGCUCUAGGAAGCUGCAACCAGUAACCCGGUUUUUAUUUUAUUUAUUGGAAGAAACUUUUGCACAGUCACAUACAUUUAGAAUACACAUUUAAAUCAGCUCUCAUUUCAUUGAAAUCCACAACUGAUGGAUCUAUAUGAAAGCCUCUAUUGUCAUAAUUCAAUGCAUAAACCAUCAGCAUAAAAUCUGAGACUAAGGUAGUUGUUGGAUCGCUUACCAAAUGUUGUGUACAGAUAAAUGUUUUAGUAUUCUCCCAAGAAAAUGCAGGAGGAUGAACAGCCUUGUCCCAACUGUAUAUAUGUAUGUAAACUCUGUAAGUGUCUAUAUGUCUGUUUUCACUAUAACCUAUGUCUAUAUACUUAAAUAAAAGGGUUUAUUAACUUA